UCCCCCAUGACGGUCACAGAAUGCUACUUCACUGGGCACUGGGGGUGAUGGUGGCCUUUUCAAUGGUGACACUUGGCGUCUCUCAGAGUGGGGAUGGGGAGUGGGGUUCAGGAGACACCCUAGACCUUUUCUCCACCCACAACUUCACUCAAGAGCCCCGGGAUCAGCCCUUGGACAGUGAGGCCCCACCUGACACAAGCAGCGACAGCGAUGGUCACAGCAAUAGCUGCUCUGCCUACUUCCACACAUGCUCUACCACCCCCCGCUGGCUCCGCGCCCAGAAGGAGGAGCUUAGCUACCUGAGGGCCAUCCAGCAUGGGAACCAGGCAGUAAUCGAGAACCUGAUCCAGUAUGUCAGUGCCGAGAUGGGUGAGCAGCGCUACCAGGAGGUUAUCCUGGAGAACGUUGCUGGGAUCAAGGAGGACCACCUCAGCUGUCAGGGCAUUGUGGAAAAGAUCACAGAUAAUCUGGAGACCCAGCUGGAGGGGGAAGCUCUGGAAUCUUUGGCUGAGGCACAGAAAAUUAAAGAAGAGUCUUCGGCCUUCGAAGACAUGCUCCGCACAGCAGAAGAAAUAGCCAACAAGCUGGAGACUUCAUCGAAAGCACUCUACGUCUCUUUCACACAGCAGCUGCAAAACACACAGAUUGUUCACCAUUAAACAGUUGCUCUUUUUAAAAAAAAUACAAAAUGCUCUUAUUGUGGUCUGAUAAUGCACACUUCAAUAUUGUACAGGACAAUACAGUUGCUCUUUCAUCAUGAUAUGCUAUUUUAGCUAAAUUCAGGGAGGUAUAUGUGCUGUACAGUAUCCUCAAGUAGAUUUGUGGCAUAUCAAAGUAUUACAUUGAAGUGAUGUAUAUUUGCAGCACAUUGAACCAUUCAGUUCAGCUGCUUAUUCUUGCCCUAAAUUAUCAUUGGGCUUGCAGGCAAUUUUGAAAUAAUUACGAUGGGAGUUUUUCCUUCCAACAUUUUCAUUCAUCUGUUGUCAAGUCAUCAAGUGAUUAAUACGCUGCAUGAUCAGAGAAUGCAGGACAUUCAAGUCAUAUUUUUCACUGCAGAGAUUACCCACAAAACAUUUCUAAUACUCUGCAAAUAAUUGGCGCCCUGAAGUAAUUGUGGUGCCCUGCAUAUUCAUACAGGCUAUAUUUUUUCCCUAACAUGAAAACAGUCCGCAAUUAAUGAGUCAGUUCCUGUAUGAUUUGUUUUUUAUGUUAUCACUAAUAGGGUCUAGCCUUCUUACAGAAGGACAGGACAAUGUGAUCUGAUUUCUUUAUUUCAGGAGAAGGCAGAAACAUGUAUGACUGGGUAGGCCACCUUCAAAGUGGGGAAUACCAUGGCAGGUGUGGCAACGUAUGCCAUCCCGCCAAGUUAUGGCUAAAUGGGGCGGCAUCAUCCAUACCUAUAAAGCACCAGGAGCUUGCCACUUUUCAGGGUUCCCAACAGAUAUAACCACAAUGACCACCGACGCUCAGCCCUUAAGAGCAUUCACUUCUAUACCUUCUGACCUCAUGUAAACAGACACAAUUCACCAACAAUUUCAUACGUUCACAAAAUAAAGCCCAAAACUUGUGUUA